AUGGACUUUAAGAUAGCGACUUGGAAUAUAAUAUUUCUUUUUAGAACUGGAAUAUGUCAAAACCUAGUAGAAGUAUUGAACGUAUAUAAAAUCAAAGUAGCAGGUAUUCAAGAAGUAAGGUGGGCUGGAAAAGGACAGCUAAAAGAAAGAAGGUAUAUUAUAUACUUCUCAGGAAUGGAAGAGAGAUACCAGAAUGGGUGUGGAUUUGUCGUACAUGAAACCAUAGAACCGUACAUAAAGGAAUUCAACCCUAUAUUAGAGAGAUUAGCGGUACUAAAAAUUGACACUGCACCUAUAAAUAUUGUCUUGAUAUGCACAUAUGCACCAACGGAAUCAGCUGACGAGGAUACAAAGGACAUCUUCUAUGAGGACCUGAUCCAAGCAUAUGACAAUUUGCCAGGGAAUGCAAUUAAGAUAUUGGGCGUCUUUAACGCUAAAUAUGGAAGAGAAACUCAGUUUUCCCAUACAUUAGGGAAAGAAAGUCUUCAUGAUACAAGCAAUGGAAAUGGGCUUAGGCUAAUAUAA